UAAACGGCGACACCUGCGCCCUUUAGCCCAAUCCCCGUAUAUUGCUGUAAGUCGUUGAAUGAAGGUGCGUUUGUACAAGCUCAGCCGACCGCUGGACGUUUCGAAGCUAAAGCUUUUGUGUGUUACGUUCACUGCGUUGACCCAUUCGUAGGAUUUAGGGAACAUUCUGAAGUACGUCAACGUCCAAUUAAACAACCAGACAAUAUUAAUCAUGCUCACCUGUGAAAUCUGUGGUAAGGAUGUCCUGCUGAAGGAAGACAUGAAGACACAUCUUCUUCUCAGCCACUUGGAAAAUGACAUGUACUGCCCACUCUGUUCCCUGAGCACAGUGUCGUAUGAUGAACUUUGUCUCCAUAUUAGCUGUGUACAUCCAGAUGAGCAAUACAGCACACAGACCCACUCCACAUCCAUUGCCAGUGUAACUGAGACAGAGCAUCCCCAAACAUCUCAGCUCUUGGUUGGGAACAUCUGCAAUACAUUUAGAGAAGCAACACCCGGCACUGCCUCUGGUGUGAACACAGAUUCAUUACAGCCUAAACCGAAUAGCACACAUGAGAGAGAGUCUUUAUCAUCUGGGGAGUCCACAUGCAAUCUUAAACUUGGACAGGAGUGCGUCAGAGCCUACAACAACGAAGUUCAAAUGCAUGAGCAGACAAAGGCCAAGUGGAUGUCAUCACCAAAAAAAGGUGAGAGGAGGUUUGAGUGUCCUGUGUGCUUUGCUGUCUGUAGUGGGAGUUUUACCCUGCAAGAACAUGUGGAGUUGCAUUUAGACCAAGGAACAGCUGCAGUGAGACCUGUCUCAGACCUGGAAUUGGCCAUACAGCUUCAGCAGGAGGAGGAUCAAAAGAGGAGGCAGAAGGAAGCCCAGCAGGAGAGAGAGGAGUUCAAGAAGCUGCAGAGACAGUAUGGUCUGGACAAUAGAGGAGGCUACAGCAAACAAAUGGAGAGGAGCAUGGAGAGAGCUGUGGCCAGGGGCCGCAUGGACCCCCUAGAGUUUCACUGUAAGAGGGCUGAGAUGAUGGAGUCUCUGGCAUCAGGCACUGAUGAUGGCAGAACCAGAACUCGGGGUGUGAUCAGAGCCCUCUGUGAGUACUACCAGGCUGAAUGCAGAGACUGCAUCCACGUGUGGCUGAGCUGUGAUACAGACCACUACGGCUCCUCUGCAGGGGAUCAAGGCUGGGGCUGCGGUUACAGGAACUUCCAGAUGCUCCUAUCGUCGCUCCACAGAAUAGACAUGUAUUCUCCCUUCCUACAAGCAAAGACGGCACCUAGUAUCCCUCAUGUGCAGUGUAUGAUUGAGGAGGCCUGGAGAAAGGGACUAGACCCACAAGGUGCAUCUCACUUCAACUCGCAGCUGCAGGGAACACGAGCCUGGAUUGGAGCCACUGAGAUCUUCUCCCUCCUCACCUCUCUGGAAAUCCAUGCUCGCAUCAUUGACUUCCACCAGCCAACAGGCCCAGGUGACACACACCCCCGGCUGUUUGACUGGGUUAAAGAGUAUUUCUCUCAGUCAAGUAACAGUGGCAAACUACCCCCCAGACUCAUCCAGACAUCGCUGCCCCCGCUCUACCUGCAGCACCAAGGUCACAGUUGUUCCAUCAUUGGCUUGGAGCAGAGGAAGAAUGGUCAUCUGUGCCUCCUGGUUCUGGACCCUGGUUCCUCCGUGUCUGACACAAGGAAGCUGCUGAGCAAAGACAUUUCCAGAGCGAUGAGCAACAUCAGGAGGUUCCCAUCCAGUUUGAAGCACAAGCAGUACCAGGUGGUGGCAGUGCAGGGCUUGUUGUCAGCUGAAGGCAAAAAGAUCAGCAUCUUGAAGUCCAGGACACUGCAAGCAGAAAGGAUCCCAUGAACAGUCCUAACCGCUUCUGUUUUUACUUUAUUAAUUAAUAAAAAUGUUUAUUUACUGAUGAAUUCUGUCUAAAUUUUUGAAAUAAACAGUGUGCUGUAGUUCCGUCA